GUAGAUCUCAGCAAGAAUCUUAACCGUUGUGUCCGGUAACCGGUCAAUAGAGCCAUUUAUCUAUAAAUGCAGGGUUUUGAAGAGCAGAAAAGCCGUCCCAAGUCUAGACUGUAUAAAGCCAACAAUCUAGAUCUGAACCGAGACACUUGCCCCAGUCAUUCAACCUUGUGUGCAGUUUGAUAAGAUGGAGACCUUUCUAUUCACCUCUGAAUCUGUGAACGAGGGUCACCCCGACAAGUUGUGCGACCAGAUCUCUGAUGCAGUACUUGACGCCUGCCUUGAGCAGGAUCCUGACAGCAAGGUUGCCUGUGAGACAUGCACCAAGACCAACAUGGUCAUGGUCUUUGGGGAGAUAACCACCAAGGCCAACGUAGACUAUGAGAAGAUCGUUCGUGAUACAUGCCGCUCCAUUGGAUUUAUUUCUGAUGAUGUGGGUCUUGAUGCUGACAAUUGCAAAGUCCUGGUCAACAUUGAGCAACAGAGCCCUGAUAUUGCCCAGGGUGUUCACGGACACUUCACCAAGCGCCCUGAGGAGAUCGGUGCUGGUGACCAGGGCCAUAUGUUUGGUUAUGCCACUGACGAGACCCCUGAAUUAAUGCCUUUAAGCCAUGUUCUUGCAACCAAGCUUGGUGCUCGCCUCACGGAGGUUAGGAAAAAUGGCACCUGCCCUUGGCUAAGGCCUGAUGGUAAGACCCAGGUCACUGUGGAGUACUACAAUGAGAAUGGUGCCAUGGUUCCAGUCCGUGUUCACACUGUUCUCAUCUCCACCCAACAUGAUGAGACUGUCACAAAUGAUGAAAUUGCUGCUGAUCUAAAGGAACAUGUCAUCAAGCCUGUCAUCCCGGAGAAGUACCUUGAUGAGAAGACCAUCUUCCACCUUAACCCAUCAGGUCGAUUUGUCAUUGGUGGCCCUCAUGGUGAUGCUGGUCUCACUGGACGUAAGAUCAUCAUUGACACCUACGGUGGCUGGGGAGCCCAUGGUGGAGGUGCCUUCUCUGGAAAAGACCCUACCAAGGUUGAUAGGAGUGGUGCUUACAUUGUUAGGCAGGCCGCCAAGAGUAUUGUAGCAAAUGGUCUUGCUCGUAGGUGCAUUGUUCAAGUCUCAUAUGCCAUUGGGGUGCCUGAACCCUUGUCUGUUUUUGUUGAUACAUAUGGAACCGGCAAGAUUCCUGACAAGGAGAUCCUUAAGAUUGUAAAGGAAAACUUUGACUUCAGGCCUGGAAUGAUCACCAUCAACUUGGAUCUCAAGAGGGGUGGUAAUGGCAGGUUCUUGAAGACAGCAGCAUAUGGACACUUCGGAAGGGACGACCCAGACUUCACUUGGGAAGUUGUGAAACCUCUCAAGUGGGAAAAGCCGCAAGCUUGAGAUUGAAUUGGAUUCUACUAUCCCUACCGUGCGAGCUUUGCUUUUCUGGGUAGUGGAUGAAUAAUUUGGAUGUUUUUUGCUGGUGUUCUAUAAGCCUAAUCGAGACCUAUUGUUUUAAACACAUACAUGUGCCCUAUUCAAUUGCUUUAUCUGGCCUUUCUUUUUUUUCUCGUUUUGAUUUAAUGUAUCAUGUUACCAAUAUUGUGAUAUGAUAAUGUAAUAGAAAUUUGCCCAAAUUGGUGACACUGGUAGUAGUAAAAGUUGGGGCAAGUUGUACUAAUCUUUUCUUUGGCUAAAGCGAAUCAUUGUUCUGAUUAA